ACGCGCCACGUCGAAGCACAAGGUGCACCAGGCUCAUGUGGUGGAGAUUCAGAUCACCGCCUAUCUCUGAAGUCUAGGCGGCGGCGGCGGCAGUAGCAGCAGCACGUCGUUCGCAGCUCAGCGCUUCACAGCCGAGCCGAGGACGAUGGCAACCGUCGGGCAGUGCUCCUCCUGCUGCUACUCAUCCCCCACCCUGCCGCUCCCCCGACGGCAUGGCCUCCUGCCGCAGCAACCACAAACCGCACGAAAAGGACGGUCGCUGAGGUUGCAGAUUGCCGCGGCGGCAGGCGGCGCGCGGGCGGAGGAGUCCAUGAAGGCGGCCACGGACGCCGAGUUCUUCCAGCCCUCCGACACCAGGCCCAUCAUGCUCUUCGAUGGCGUGUGCAACCUCUGCAACGGGGGCGUCCGAUUCGUGCGGGAGCACGACCCAAACAGGAGCAUCAGGUACGUGCCACUGCAGAGCGAGUCGGGGAGGAAGCUCCUGCAGAGGUCAGGGAGAGCCCCCGACGACAUCUCCAGCGUUGUUCUUGUCGAGAAGGACAGGUCCUACAUCAAGUCUGAAGCAGUGCUGAGGAUAAUGGAGUACCUCAACCUGCCCUUCCCGCAGCUCGCCAUCUUCCUCAAGUUUGUCCCUCUGUUUCUGAGGGACUUCGCAUACGACAAUGUUGCAAAUAACAGGUAUGCUGUGUUUGGCCGCUCCGAAACGGAAGCAUGUGAGAUAUUAUGAAUUUCUACCCCGAUACCUUGAUACUUUGACACAUGGUUUAGCAUAAACCAUCGAUAGAAUCAUAUACUAGUUUAUUUGUACUUGUGUACAAUGCACUCAUCUAAGAAAGAAUUUAGCUCUAUGCUUCUUGUAUGUGAUAGCAAUGAAGAGCACUAGCUACGAAGGGAAUGAAAACUGUAUUUUUGGUAUCA